GAGAUGUUUCUCCGUAGAGCUGUGAUCACCGCCGCAGGUUCUGCUGUCGCUCUUUUUGCCGCCGUGUCUGUGGAGAAACGCGGGAAUGACUACUUUCUAGCAUGGCCUCCUGCUGUCAGCGAGCGCUGGGAAAGUAACUGGGAUCUUCGAGAGCCAAACUCUCUGAUUAACUUGAAUCACCUGAAGGAAAAGCCUGAGGAAUUGAAACACGAGCUGGAUAAACACAAGGCAACGGCUACUCGGCACAUCUUUCUGGUCAGACAUGCACAGUACAAUGAAGAUGGAGCUACAGACUCAGAAAAAAUUCUCACUGAAGAGGGAAGGAAGCAGGCAGAACACACAGGUGAGCGCCUGGCGUCUCUACAUCAUGCAUUCACCUACAUUACUUAUUCUUCGAUGGCCAGAACCAAAGAAACUUUUGAAAUCAUCAGAAGAAAACUACCAGAUCUAGAAAACUCUGGAUGUGACUUGCUUCGUGAAGGAUACCCAAUCAAGCCAGUCCCACUAUCUUCUCACUGGAAAGCAGAUUAUAAGUUUUUUAAAGAUGGCCCACGCCUCGAGGCUGCAUUUAGGAAGUAUAUAUGUCGCGCAGAUCCAAAGCAGGCAAAAGAUAGCUAUGAGAUCAUAGUCUGCCAUGAAAAUGUCAUCCGCUACAUUGUAUGCAGGGCAUUACAACUCCCACCUGAAGCAUGGAAAAGGAUGUCUCUUCAUCAUGGUAGCAUUAGCAAGCUAGUCAUCUAUCCAGAUGGGGAGGUGUCACUGGAGAUGCUUGGUGAUGUUGGAUUUAUGCCAGUGGACAAACUUGAAGAGGUUUGACUGAAAGACUUUCUACGUACUGAAGCUGACAUGCUGCACUUCCUCCUGAAUGGAGUGUGUAGCUGACUGUUAUACAUCAAGCAGGAAAAAAUUAAAGUAGAAACUUUGCUGCGGUCAAAUAUUCGCUAUUGUUAUGAAACAAUGUAUGGACUUAAACUAUACCUGGAUUCUGCACAGUCCACACUGGUAUUCAACACUCAUCAAAUGGGGUUUCUUUACCACAUUUGCUACACUCUAGUGAAGACUACAUUGAUCCAGAUAUCACGGAAGAUAAUGCACUUGGUUGUAUGUGGAAUUCUUAAUGUUUCUGGUCAUUUUGUAACCUGGUAUAUUUCACAACUUGCAAAGUGUAUUCUUUAAUGUGGGUUAUUUUAUGUCUUUAGAGUGUUAUUGGCUUAUCUCUUAGCCUGUCAUUGGCUUGUAUGAGUCCUCUAACUCCGCUUUAAACAGUUUUUCCUGUUUAUUCAGCUAAACAUACUUUGUCCAAGACCAUGUGACCUCAAAUGGAAAUUAUCUUAAUU